AUGACAGGUUUGUUUGCAGGUUAUAUUGGUUCUGUCUCCUUCUUGAACACUGUAUUAGAAGUCAUCAAUAAGCUUCGGUCAAUCAACCCCAAACUUACCUAUGGUGGGUCGAUUGCUGCUACAGCAAAAAUUACUCCUGUGCUCCUUGUGAUUGUUCUCGAGAUCUUCUUGUCAGUUUGUGAUCCCGUUAUGGGUGACGAAGGAAAGCUUUAUGUGCCUCCAGAAUUGGUAUCAGUAUAUCGUGAGCAGGUUGUGCCAGUUGCUUCAAUGUUGACUCCUAAUCAUUUCGAAGCAGAACAGUUGACUGGGUUCAGGAUUGUGUCUGAACAAGAUGGCCGGAAGGCUUGCGACAUUCUUCAUUCAGCUGGACCAUCAAAAGUUGUGGUAACGAGCAUAAAUGUAGAUGGCAAUCUUCUCUUGAUUGGCAGUCAUCAGAAGGAAAAGGGUCAGUCUCCUAUGCAAUUCAAGAUUCUGAUACCCAAAAUUCCUACAUAUUUCAUGGGAACAGGCGAUCUAAUGACUGCACUGCUACUUGGAUGGAGUAACAAAUAUCCUGAUAACCUUGACAAAGCAGCAGAGCUUGCUGUAUCAAGUGUGCAGGCACUUCUUCUGAGGACAUUGGCUGACUAUCAGAUUGCCGGAUAUGACCCACAAUCAAGCAGUUUGGAGAUUCGAUUGAUUCAGAGCCAGGAUGACAUUCGCAGCCCAGAAAUUAAAUACAGGGCUGAGGCAUACAACUAAAUCAACAUGAGCAUUGAAACUACAUCAAUAAUCACAUCCAGUUAAUACAAUUACAAGAAACAAUUAUUUGAGCUUUAUUUCAAUCCCUAAAAAUGUUGUUGUACAAUGUGUACAAGACUAAAACAGAAUUUUUGUUCCUUGAAGGACAAGAGAAACAUGAAUGAACCAAGUAUGGGUUCUUCUGGAAAUGAUAAGAGCAUGUCAGGUCAUCUAUUAAACGUAUAUACAUGUCAAAACCAAGCCUUGGAGAAUCUUAUCUUCUUCGACGACCUCUCUUUUCAUACUUUGAAUUAGCUUUGAUCAGAACAGCAGAGUUGAUAAC